CUCAAAAUCAGCUGUUUGGUAACCAGUACUGAGGAUGUCUCCUUCAGCAGCAGCUGGUGCAGGAGACAGUAAAGCCUUGGUGAGAAGGAUGUUAAGAGAAGUGCUGGUGGGUAGAGAGGAUCCAGAAGGGUUUUUUGUGAUGUGCUUGUCCGCCCUGGGACAUCAGGAGACUCGGUCACAGUUCGUGUCCCUCAUUCAGCCUCUGUCCACGGCCAACAGCUCCCUGCACUGCACCCUCACCUCCAUCUACAGGGAAUAUUUUUCUAAGACUGAAGAUGAUGAACUGGAACUGGCAAUGGCUCUCUCCUUACUGGAAAUGAAAGAUCACCUGCUGUCAACCCCAAGCCAAGAGUCCCGAUGUCGGCAAACCGGAGACAGAGCUGACAGGAGAAAAAACAUCAACUUGCCACAAGGUGAACCCUGGGUCAAGGUGAGCCCACCACAGACAGCAAGAGAGACUGAUCUUGAGAAGAGCACACAUGUUUACAAGUACAAUACGGAAACACUGGGGACAAGUCAGACUGUGUGUGUCUCCACACUGUCUGGCUCAAUUUCCAAGCAAGACAAAUUUGAACAAGGCUACCAAAAGAUGAAUGAGGGAGAUUCGAACCAAUCAGAGAAACCAAAACGCUCUAAAAACAGGCGUCAGCGGCGUAAAGGCCCCUGUCAGCAGAUUGUAGGUUUGCCUUGUUCUCCAUCAGCACCACCACCAGUACUGCUGUGGUUCAGGAGAGACUUACGACUCCGUGACAACCCUGCUCUCAUCUGUUCAUUGGAGUUUGGUGCGCCUGUCAUCCCUGUCUUCAUCUGGAGCCCUGAAGAGGAAGAGGGACCUGGGAAUACGGUGGCUAUGGGGGGAGCUUGUAAAUACUGGCUUCAUCAAGCUUUGUCUUGUUUCUGUUCAUCUCUGGAGCGCAUUGGCAGCCAUCUUGUCUUUCUCAAGGCAAACCAUGAAGGGAAUAAGGUUGGAUCUUCUCUUUCUACUCUUAAGGAGCUCAUAAAGGAGACAGGAGCAAGAACAGUGUUGGCAAAUGCCCUCUAUGAGCCCUGGCUAAAGGAGAGGGAUGAUGCGGUGGUGUCAUCUCUUCAGAAAGAUGGUGUUGAAUUCAGGAUGUUCCACUCGUACUGUCUCAGGGACCCCUACUCUAUCAGCACAGAGGGUGUGGGACUCAGAGGAAUAGGUUCAGUGUCUCACUUCAUGAGCUGCUGUAGACAGAACCCUGGCUCUGCAUUAGGAGUCCCCCUGGACCCCCCUGUUUCUCUGCCCACACCUGUUCCCUGGCCUCAAGGUGUCCCAUUAGACACGCUAGGCCUGGCACGGAUGCCCUGCAGGAAAGACGGCACAACGAUUGACUGGGCAGCUAACAUUCGUGAAUCCUGGGAUUUCAGUGAAGAAGGAGCACAUGCACGCUUAGAGGCGUUUCUGCAUGAUGGUGUGCAUAGAUAUGAUAAAGAGUCAGGCAGGGCAGAUGCCCCAAAUACCAGCUCUCUGUCUCCAUACCUUCACUUUGGUCAGCUCAGCCCACGGUGGCUAUUGUGGGAUUCCAAAGGGGCACGAUGCCGUUGUCCAAAGUUCCAACGCAAACUGGCAUGGAGGGAUUUGGCUUACUGGCAGCUAACGUUGUUUCCUGGCCUCCCCUGGGAUUCCAUCAGACCGCCAUACAAGGCUCUGCGGUGGAGCACUGAUCGUAGCCACCUGAAGGCCUGGCAGCAAGGACAAACAGGCUACCCACUAGUGGAUGCAGCCAUGAGGCAGCUGUGGCUGACAGGCUGGAUGAACAACUACAUGAGACAUGUGGUGGCAUCUUUUCUCAUAGCAUAUCUUUACCUGCCAUGGCAAGAAGGCUAUCGCUGGUUCCAGGACACCCUAGUGGAUGCAGAUGUUGCCAUAGAUGCCAUGAUGUGGCAGAAUGGGGGCAUGUGUGGUCUGGAUCACUGGAACUUUGUCAUGCACCCGGUUGAUGCAGCAAUGACCUGUGACCCAUACGGCAGCUAUGUUAGGAAAUGGUGUCCUGAACUUGCAAGUUUGCCUGAUGAACUUAUUCACAAACCCUGGAAAUGUCCCGCAUCUAUGCUUCGACGUGCUGGUGUGGUGUUUGGCCAGACGUAUCCUGAGCGAAUAGUUACAGACCUAGAGGAGCGGAGGAGUCAGUCUCUGCAAGAUGUAGCCCUGGUUCGGAAAGAGUUUCGACACUAUGUAGAUAAGCGCUCAGGCUGUGACUUGGUGCCUCUGCCCCCACGCCUGGUCUCCGAGGCUCUGGGCUUAUCACAUCGGGAUGGGGAUGUUGUGACAGCAGGGACGCAGUUCCUGUUGCCUGUUAUCACGCGCAUGGAAUUCAAACACCAGCUAGAAGAUCCAGAGGCAGAUGCUGCCUCAAAUCCUUAUAAUGCUGUUCUGAAAGGUUACGUGAGCCGCAAGAGGGAUGAGACCAUUGCCUUCUUUAAUGAGAGAGACUUUACUGCGAGUGUGAUGUAUGAGGGAACCCAGAGAAAGGAGAGGCUGGAGAACGAUUAUCGCAGAAUGGAGGGACUCUCGCAGCUUCCUGCACCUCGGGGUAGAGCCAGGCGAACUCCAACAGCCAAUGACAGGUUUUCUAUAGUACCUGGUGGGGCAGUUACCUCCCUCAGGUGACCCAUCAAGAUGGAAAGAUUACAGGUUUGAAGUGACCAGACAGUUACAGAAGGUCUCUUUAAAUCUACACUAAACCCAAAGAUUUGUAAGAGACUUACUUACACAACUCUCAGAACAUUUUUUAUUUAGACUAUUCAGUGUAAUCUCAGGUAUUAAGCAAUGAUAUCAGACCAGCCUUUGUGACAAACGUGGUUUAGGUUGGCCAAUAUACUUGAUGCAGCUUUUCUUAAAGGCCCAGACUGUAAUUUUGUGAUAUGUUUUACAUAAAUAUGCAUAUUCAUUGUAGAGUUGGAGUUGUUAAAGAUAUGAAAUAUGGCAUUCUGAGGCCUAUUUUACAGUGUUUACAGAGAGAUUUGUCAUCAUUAUAGCACACAUCUGUGUAAUGUGGUUCUAAUCUAAGGCUGUAAAUGUUGUGUGCACAUAACAGGUGGUUGACUAAAGUGUUUUUUUUUCUUUUUCUUUAUUUGUAUGUUAUUCAAAUAACUAAAUAUGCAAAUAGCAUUGAUAUCGUAUCAUAUCACAUGACUUGUUCAGUAUCUCAUGAUAAGCUGUUUUCUG